AUGGCCAAUGAAAAUAUUCGUUUCCGCAUUGCGUCUCAGGAUGACACAAUGGCUCUCAAGCAGCUGAUAGAAUCAGCCUUUCGCGCCGAAGACAGCAGACGGGGAUGGGUCGGGAACGCGGAUCUCGCCUCACGAUUCUCCAUCGAAGCAGAGAAUGUUGCGAACGUUAUCGCCAACCCCGACAGUACAUUCCUUAUGGCUAGCGACACAAAUGGCACACUACUGGGAACUGUAGGAGUUUCGAAGCAUGACCCCGACAGCGCUCGUCUUUUCAUGCUCGCGGUAGACCCCCAAUGCCAUCGGGGUGGAAUUGGAAAACAAAUCCUUACUCACGCCGAAGACUACUGCCAACGCGUAUGGUGCCCCAAAGUCCUGGGACUGAACGCUCUUUCGUCCCGCGAGGCUCUUAUAUCGUGGUACAUGCGCCGUGGAUUCCGAAAGACGGGGGAGACCAGCCCAUUUCCCCGCGAGGAGUUCAAAGACCUGGAUUUGCCUGAUGACCUACACUUUGUCGAGUUUGUGAAGACCUUGACUCCGGCUUCCUGA